AUGUCGGGGAGCGCCGCCGCGGGGAAAUGGCUCGGCAAUAUGCUCACCUUGGAGGAUUCGACUUCCGAAAUCAGUCUCGGCCUGACAAUCGUUGCAAAUGGUCUGCUCCAUUGGCUGCUCGCUGUAGGUUUUGGUCUUCAGAUUCGGGACAAUGGUCAGUGCUGGCAAGUCCUCGACACCAACCUCUUCGGAACGAGUGUCAAGUUGGCAUUCUACUACAACUUUCAGGAUGCUGCCUGGGAGAUUCCCAACCGAAACGUCUACAACCCCAAGGAGCAGCCCCUUGGAUCCGUCUUACGCCCGAGAUCUCAGCUCCUGAACUUCAACAUUGCCGGCGUCGCCGCUCUCUACUUCUCAGCGAACGGAGGCCGCUCCAAAAUUUCCAGCAACGCCAGCGACUCGGCCCACCACCUCAUCGCCUCCAGCGGCAAGCCCGUCAUAACCUACAAGACAUCCAUCACCUCCGCCGUCAUCAAUUUGAACGACACAGACCACUCCAUCAUCUCCACUGAGCCCGCUUCCGAUCCCGUGGUCACUUUCCCUCCGAUCCCGUACUCCUCGAACGAGGGCGAGGUGGCCACGGUCAAGUUCUCGGCGACUGCACUUGAUGUAGCUCUUGGUACGACUGGGGUUCUGACGGUGACUUUCAUCGAACCUGCCGGUAUUGAUGCGAAGCUUUUCCCGAUCUAUAGCGGAUACAUCAAUAUUAUCGGCUUUAACGACGAGUCUCUGCGGGUGACAUGCGCUGGUAUUAAAGGCAGCGUCUAA